AUGGCCUACCCUCAGUGCCCGGCCCCUGGGUCCUACACCAUGGUCAUCAUCCCUCUCCGGAGCAGCCUCUACAGCCUUGAAGCCCUGCGCUUCUACCUCUGGGUGAGACCUGUGAGUGGGUUAGAUAUGUGUGUGUGUGUGUGUGUUGAUGUGAAUGUGUGUGUAUGUGUAUGUGUGUGUUGAUACUUAUCAGGGCUUCAGUUUGACAGAUUCAAAGGUAGAAUAUGCUCGCGUGACUGACUGACAUAGUAACUGUACUGUACAGUAUGUUCCGUAUAUUACCAAAGUCAGUUGAUCAAGACAGGAAGUCGUUGCGUGCAUUUCACAUGGGCUUAUUUUACAUAGGAUUAUGUAGAAAACUGUAGUUGUGAUUAUAGAUAUUCAGUGUCUGUUCAACAUGAAAUGAGGGAGGGAGUUACAAUGAGGUAAUCAAUUCCAAACGUUGUAAACACAAGCUAUUGUAUUGAGUUGGUGUUGAGUGACACCAGCCAUAGUAGCCCCCAGCUUCCAUCUGGAGCUUCAUUACACACAUAAGCCCACACAGUUACAUUUAGUCAUUGCUUAAAACUACUCUACUCACUCCUUGUUUCAUGAGGUAGUUAUAGUUUCAUGGAUACAGAUCCAUGUUUUGUCUUCUACGUCAGAGCAGCAUGACUCCAUUGCAGCAGCCACCCUGAUGACACAUUCCCACAUGUUUAGUCCAUCUCCUCACAGCUUCCUGGCAAAAGCCUAAAGAUAGAUUUUCCAUAUCCAACAAAACAUACUUGUAGCUAUACCGACUUCCUUUUCCAAUACAAAUCUCCUAUAUGGAAAAGAAAGCAAAUUGAAUUUGAAUGUUGAUUAUGAUAGUAAAUGAUAAUAAAUCUCUCUUCUUGUUGUUUCAGAUUAAGAGGCUGAAGGACUUAGAAAGGGAGAAGGACUCUCUAUGGGCCGGGCUGCAGGUUCUGGAGCAGGCCCGGCUCUGGUACCGACACAGACUGGAGGACAACAGAGCCAGGCAGGCUAACGUGGGCACCAGGGCUGGGGCUAGGGCAAAGGAGCGUGGAGGAGAGGUGAGUUACUACAGUGAGAUGGAGACUGUUUUACGCAGAUAGACAUAGAUACAUGCCCCGUGUAGCUCAGUUGGUAGAGCAUGGCGCUUGCAACGGCAGGGUUGUGGGUUCGAUUCCCACGGGGGGCCAGUAUGAAAACAUUUAUGCACUCACUAACUGUAAGUCGCUCUGGAUAAGAGCGUCUGCUAAAUGACGAAAAUGUAAAUACAGAACUUGGCAAAUUGUUCUCCAUGUUGGCACCAAACAAUAAAAUGAGCAGUCUAACUAGAAUUUAAUAUGGGAAUUUGAUGCCUUGGAAACUCAAGCUGAGCUUCCAAACUCUGUAUAUCUGUGUCUUUACAAGCAAACAAGUGUUGUUAAACCAUCCUGUUGAUUUUAAACAUAUCACUUCUCAUUACUCUGUACAGGGGGCGUCAUCGUGCCUCCUGAGGUCUCAGAUCCAGAGGGUGAAUGGAUCUUUGGGUAGUCUGAUGAGUGAGCCCAACGUAACCAGCUGUCCCUCGUCUCCAAAGAGGGACGGGGUAGAGGUAUCAGACAGUGAGCUACGGUGGCAGAACACAGUACUGGUACAGGUGAGAGAGAACAUCUUUAUCCUUGAUCUCCAACCCUGGUCUUGGAGAGCUACAGGGUGUGUUGGCUUGUUUAUUUCACAGCCUAGCACUAAAGCAUCCUACUUCAGAUCUUUUGCUUCAUGUUGGUGGGUGGGUAGAAGAGGUAAUUUUUCCAAUGUUUUAUUUUGGCAGGAGGUGAGUGAGAAGAAUCUUCAAAUCUCACUGUUGGAGCUGGAGAGAGACAGACUUUUGCAAGAGCUGAGUGUGCAUCUGGGUGUAGAAAUGUAG